AAAUCUAAUAGCUCACAAACCUCGCGGACAAAGCAAGCACCUAAAAAAAAGAACUUGAAAACUACAUGUGGGCUCGUUCCUCUAAUGUGACUUGAACCCGGUUGCCACUAGUCCGCACCACAAUUGGCCGUCACCUUCCUCUUGUUGCCCUCCUUCGCCUCUGCAAUUCUCUCGAAACCUAGAAGCCAUAUAUCUCUCCCGCUUGCACUGUCGGUCUCUUCCCAAGCGAUCGCUAUCUACUUAGCUCUCGCUCGUGGCCUCUCUUUGUGACCUUGGAUUUCUGGUUUUGAUAACCGUGCAAUUUUUGUUGUGCUUGACAACGAUGGCGGAUGGAAAUCUCAAUCUUCCGGACGAUCUCAUCUCCACCAACUCUCCUGAUGAACGCUUUUCCGUUAAAGGUGAAGCCUGGGAAGGAAAUGGUGAGGACAAGGCUAUGGGUUUGCUUGAUGAGUCCAAAGAUCAAGUGACUUCAGAGAGCAGCAUACCUCUUUCUCCACAAUGGCUUUAUGCUAAGCCAGUCGAUUAUAAGAUGUUAGCUAGUGGAACAACUGGGGUAUGUUUUUCCUCAAGUCUUUUCACUUUGAUGCAUGACACACUUCACCAAAUGCUUUGUCACAUGGAAACCUUGCCGACUCCAAUUUGA